GGAGCUGAUAAUUAUUGUAAGGUAGUAACCGCCUACUGUCUGAGUGAUCUUGCCAGCAAACGUGCCAUGGCAAUUUGGGCACUUAUUCUCUUUCUUUGUGCAUUUCAACACAUCCAGGAAGUCCUGGGAGACUUUGGUCUUCAAUUCCAGUUUUAUCGAUACAGCAACCCUAGCGACCGUAAUUUUAAUGGGAACUGCUGUGAUUUUUGGUGUGAUUCUUGUGAUACUCUCUUUAAAUCACUUUGUCUCAGAAAUGGAGGGACUUCUCAUUCGGAAACUGGUCAUUGUAUACAAUCUACAGUGGCCAACCCUGGCCGUAUUGGUGGCAGCAGUACUAGUGUAAACUUUCGUGGCAGGAUUGGAAGUACUCCUAAUCCCUUUGACUAUACUAGAUCUGGAAGUAUCCCACAAGCUGGGUUUCAGCUAUACUUGGAAGUUUGGGAUGAUGAUACAUUCAGCAGUGAUGAUUUAAUAGACAGAAUAGUCCUUGAUGUGCCUAUUCAUCCUUUAUCAGGAGUAUCACGGACUGUGUCUGGUGUAUUCAACAGGGUUUCACUUGUAUUGAGUUAUACUCUGUCAUGCAGGCUCAAUUAUUAUGGAUCUGACUGUUCAGUCCUCUGUAUACCUUAUAAUGAUGACACUAAUGGACACUACACUUGCAAUAGCACUACUGGAGCAAGGAUAUGUAGGGACGGCUGGCAGAAUGUUGAUAAUUAUUGUAAAGAUGUUGCUUGUCACUUAGUCUGUCAAUCACCAGGUGGUGAGUGUACGCCUAAUGGGGUCUGUACUUGUAGUCCUGGUUGGUCGGGAAACCAAUGUGAGGUACCACAGUGUAUUGAAGGGUGUGAUCCUCCAGGAGGAUAUUGUAUUGAACCAUAUCAAUGCUCGUGUCAUAAUAAUUGGAAUGGAAGUCUCUGCAAUGAGUCGUCUUGUACUGUUAACUGUAGUUCAAUGGGAGGACAAUGCCUGGUACCUGAUGAGUGUACAUGUUUAGCUGGUUAUACAGGACCUGCAUGUGAAAUAGAUUUACUACCUUGUGAUCAUCAAAUGCCUUGCCUUAAGGAAGGCAAUUGCUCUCAUGUUGGAUCUGAUGGUGCAUACGUUUGCUCCUGUCCGGUUGGUUACACAGGAACCAACUGUGAAGUUGAUAUUGAUGAGUGUGGUCCUGAACCUUGUUAUAACAAUGGAACGUGUAUUGAGGGAGAGCCAGGCAGUUUCAAUUGCAUUUGUCCCAUUGGAUGGACAGGUGAUUCCUGUGAAGAUGAAAUCGACUAUUGUGAAUCCAAUCCUUGUAUUAACAAUGGCACAUGUAGCAGCCUAGCAACAGGCCACUAUUGCAACUGUACAACUGAGUAUGAAGGAUUAAACUGUGAAUUGCUUGUCAAUGCUUGUAUGCCAAAUCCUUGCGAGAACAAUGGCACAUGCAUCAAUCGCAUUACCAGCUAUUCCUGUGAAUGCAGUGAAGGUUUCACUGGCUAUAAUUGUGAAAAUGAAACUGUGAUAAUUAUUGAGAUGAGUAGCAGUACCACAAGUGAAAAUGCCACCAUGACAGAGACAAUUAGCACAUAUGGAUCUGCAACUAUAUCUUCAUACAAUACAACAGUUAUGACAGUAUCAACUGUUCCUCCUACCAGCCGGCCAACUCCAAUAGCUGCAUCCUCUUCCAUUCCAGUUGGUCCAAUUGCUGGAGGCUCCAUAGUUCUGUUUAUUGUUAUUCUUCUUGUGCUUAUUUUUGGAACAACAGUACUUUGCUAUUUCAAAAAAAGGAAGAGUAUCAAAGUUAAUAAAAGAGGACAAGAUCACAAUGAGUAUUGUAAAAUUGGCAUCAAUGGAGAUUCCACUCUUACUCCGUUAGCAAAUCCAAAUUAUGAUGGCAUUCAAGAUUUUAUGGAAACGAGCCAAUCUGAUCCUGUAAACAAUGCAGUGUUAUACGAUUACGUGGUUUCAGGUGAUCAGAAAGAUGCACUUUCUCUUAGUGUAGGAGACAGUAGCUCUGAUCCUGUUUACGGUGAGAUAUCAGACUCAGAUCCAGCUGCAUACAAGAGCGUUCCAAAUCCUGUAUAUGGUGAUACAGAUCAACUGAUGUAUAAAACUGUUUCUAAUCCUGUCUAUGGUGAUACAUCAGGCUCAGUGACAUACAAGAGUGUCCCUAAUCCUGUAUAUGGUGAUACAGAGCAGCCACUGUAUAACAGCAUCUCUGGUCCUGUUUAUGCUGAAGCACCCGAUCAACCAAAAUACAAGAGUGUCCCUAAUCCUGUGUAUGGUGAAACAGAUCAACCGGCUUAUAAAAGUGUUCCUAAUCCUUUAUAUGGUGAUACAAAUCAACCAGCAUACAAGAGUGUCCCUAAUCCUGUGUAUGGUGAUGCAUCCUUACAUGAUAGCCCUGAUGAUAAAGUGUCUGGUAGUAAACAAUGUGUCACUUAUGAUUACAUUGAGCAAAGGCUAUCAGGAAAAGAUAUUGAUCCUAUCACAUAUGACUAUGUUCAGAAUAAGUGACAAUAUGAUGCUUUCUAUGUUUAUAGUACACCUUGCUUUGUGAUAACUAUAUUUCCACAUGUUAAUUAAAAUCAAUAGGUUUUUUAUUCUUCUAUACCCUUUUGUCUUGAUACUUGCUUGUCUUGACCCAUGUAUAUUGAAUAAUCAUGUUUAUAUCUUUUUAAA